AUGUUCGACACCGUCUGUAGCUUUCCGCUCAAGGCAGACCUGUUCACCCAGGCAAUCCAUCCCAAUGAGCCAAUUGUCUCGGUGGGCUUGUCAUCUGGCGAUGUGCAAACGUUCCGAUUGCCUUCCAACAGCACCGACUCGGACGACGACGCAGAGUCGCUGCGAUCGUCCUCUGUCAAUGGGACAGGCCACAUUGACACAAUCUGGUCGACGCGAAGGCACAAGGGUAGUUGCAGAUGCUUGAGUUUCGGCAUUGGAGGGGAGACGCUCUAUUCUGCUGGCACCGAUGGCAUCCUGAAGGCGGCCAAGGUCGAGACCGGCGUUGUCGAGAAUAAGAUUGCGAUUCCCCUGUAUCGGACAAAGACCAGAGUCGAGAACGACAAUCCGUGCACGAUUCAUGCGCUGUCUCCCCAGAACCUGUUGCUCGGCACCGAUUCGGGCGCUCUACACGUCUACGACCUGCGCAUACCUUAUUCCCCGGUAUCAGCACGCCCAGAACAGACAUAUCAUCCGCACGACGACUAUAUCUCGUCUCUGACGCCAUUACCGCCUUCCGAGACGAGCACCUCGGGGUUUAGCAAGCAAUGGAUUACAACCGGCGGCACCACAUUGGCAGCUACGGACCUACGAAAGGGCGUCAUAGCUCGCAGCGAAGACCAGGGAGAAGAGCUGGUUUCUUCUGUUUACAUCGGCGGCCUACCUUCUUCUGGAACGAGCGUUGGCCAGAAAAUCGUCGUGGGCAGUGGCUCCGGUGUCUUGACGCUAUGGGAGAAGGGAGUCUGGGACGACCAGGACGAGCGGAUCUACGUUGGAGGAAGCGGAGGAGAAGGCGAAGCUCUUGAAUCCUUGACGGUGGUCCCAGAUGAACUGGGCUAUGGCAAGAUGGUCGCGGUUGGACAAUACGAUGGCCAGAUCGCCCUCGUCCGCAUUGGACAAAACAAGGUCGUCUCGCGCAUACGACACGACGAGCUCGAGGGCGUUACGGCUCUUGGAUUCGAUGUCGAAGGACGCAUGAUCAGCGGCGGUGGUCAGAUAGUCAAGGUCUGGCACGAAGCCAAAGGUGCCACUAACGGUGUACUUGGAAAACACAUGAUGAUGAAUGACAGCGAGGGCGAUGAUGACGACGAUAGCGACGGGGAAGGUCACUACAGCGACGACAGCGACAGGGAGAAAGAAAAAAAGCAGCCCAAGAAGAAGAAGCGCACCAAAGGAAAAGGUGGGAACACUGAACAGCACGUAAUGGCGUUCACGGACCUGGAUUAA